CUCAAAUACUGAGAACACUAUAAGCAACACAUUCCAUCCGACUGGUAGUGGGACGUGGCUCAUAAACGGUUUUGUUUAAGAACUCUCACUCGUUCUCGUCUUCGAAUAAGUUGAUAAUGUUUUUCAGUAAGUAUUUGUUGUUUAGAAAGCAAUGACUUUAAGAAUAACUUCGUUUCCGAUGAUAAUAUUUUCAACCAUCGCGCCUAAGUUGAGCUUGACAGUUAUUCGAACUACCUUAGUUAUAUUAUGAUAAUAGUACAAUUCAGACAUUUCUAUCUGAUAGAGUGAACAAGUAAGCUCGUAAUAAUGCCACCCUUAUUAUCUGGGGCCAUGGCGAGUGCUGCGUGGACAAGCGCUGGUCUCAUACCGAUAUUUAUCGUCACGUUAGCAUAUUUAAGAUAUUCUAUGUACGAUCCUGAGUCUAGGAUCAUGGACGUUCAAGAAAUACAAGAAGAAUAUGAUUUUAUUGUAGUCGGUGCAGGAUCUGCGGGAGCAGUUGUUGCUAAUAGAUUAUCUGAGAUUCAUAAUUGGACUGUCCUUUUAUUAGAAGCAGGAGGAGACGAAACUGAAAUUUCUGACGUUCCAUCUUUUGUUGGUUAUCUACAGCUUUCUGAUAUGGACUGGCAAUACAAAACUGCUCCACCAUCCAGUGAAAACCCUUACUGCUUAGGCAUGGUUCAUGAUCGUUGUAAUUGGCCUAGAGGCAAAGUCUUAGGUGGAUCUAGUGUACUCAACGCAAUGAUUUAUGUUCGUGGUAAUAGUCGUGAUUACGACAAUUGGGCUAAAGCUGGUAACGUUGGAUGGAGUUAUAAAGAUGUUUUACCUUAUUUUUUAAAAUCGGAAGAUAAUCGUAAUCCAUAUUUAUCUCGAACAAAAUAUCAUGCCCGUGGUGGUUAUUUAACUGUACAAGAAGCUCCAUGGCGAUCACCACUAGCUGCAGCUUUUGUUACUGCUGGUGAAGAGUUAGGUUAUGAAAAUCGUGAUAUAAAUGGUCGUUACCAAAAUGGUUUCAUGAUUGCCCAAACAACUAGUAGACGAGGAAGUCGAUGUAGUACAGCAAAAGCAUUUCUUAGACCUAUUAGACUACGAUCAAAUUUACAUGUAUCCAUGUAUAGUCAAGUAACUAAGAUAGUUUUUGAAUAUAGUGGAGGAGUGCCUCGAGCAUCUGCCGUCCAAUACUUAAAGAACGGUAAAAAAAAUAUUGUUUAUGCGCGUAAGGAAAUUAUAUUGUCAGCUGGUGCCAUUGGGUCGCCGCAAUUACUAAUGAUAUCAGGAAUUGGUCCAGCUGAUCAUUUAAAAGAAAUGGGUAUAAAGGUUGUUAAUGACCUCAAAGUGGGACAUAAUUUACAGGAUCACGUAGGUUUAGGCGGUCUAACUUUUAUAAUUGACGAACCAGUCACUUUUAAAAAGUCACGUUUUUCGACAGCAUCUGUUGCUCUUGAAUACAUAAUGAACGAGCAAGGCCCAUUAACAUCAGCCGGCGUCGAAGGCCUAGCUUUUGUUAACUCUAAAUAUGCUGAUCCUUCUGGUAAUUUUCCAGACAUACAGUUUCAUUUUGCUCCAAGUUCUGUUAAUUCAGAUGGUGAACAAAUUCGUAAAAUUACAGGUCUUAGAGACGCUGUCUAUAAUAUAGUGUAUAAACCCUUAAUAAACGCAGAAACAUGGACAAUACUUCCCUUAUUAUUGAGGCCAAAGAGUUCUGGUUGGGUACGACUUAAAAGUAAAAAUCCUAUGACAUACCCAAUAAUAGAACCAAACUAUUUCGCCUAUCCAGAAGAUGUUGAAGUAUUGAUUGAAGGUAUUAGAAUAGCAUUUAAUGUAUCUAAUACAGCAGCAUUUCGUAAAUUUAAUUCUCGUCCUUUAAUGACACCAAUGCCAGGAUGCACAAAAUUUGAAUUAUUUAGUGAUGAAUACUGGGAAUGUGCUCUACGACACUUCACUUUUACUAUAUAUCAUCCAGCUGGUACAUGCAAAAUGGGCCCAGAAACAGAUUCAGAUGCUGUUAUCGAUCCUAGAUUGAGAGUAUAUGGUGUUAAAGGACUUAGAGUUAUUGAUGCUUCAAUGAUGCCAACAAUAGUGAGUGGAAAUCCUAAUGCUCCAAUAAUAAUGAUAGGAGAAAAAGGUGCUGAUUUAAUAAAAGAAGAUUGGAAUGCCAGUGAAACAUAAAAUAUAUUCUAAGUUUAUGCUAAAUAACUUUUAACUAUUAAAAAUUGAUACAAAGUUAACAUUUUCUAUUAUCAAAUUUUGAAACAUAAACUUUUAAAUAAAACCACUAUUAAAUAUUGAAAAAGUAUCAUUAUCAUCAUAAAAUUAUCAUAUUUUUUUUUUUUGGUUCCCUUUUAUAUAAAGUUAUUUGUUUAAUAAGUUGUAAAAAAAUAAUUAUUGUAUCUAUGUAAUUAACUGUAUAUAAAUAUUUAACUGUAAUUUAUAAAGAACUGUCAAAUUUAAUGCAA